AUGGAGUAUGUCAGCCCAGAAGGACUUCGCUUGGAUGGUCGCCGACCUAUGGAAAUGAGACAAAUUCGAGCGGAGAUUGGUGGUGUAUCAAAAGCAGAUGGAUCGGCCGUUUUUGAGAUGGGUAAUACCAAAGUGAUUGCUGCUGUAUAUGGGCCUAGAGAGGUUCAAAAUAGGAGCCAACAACUGAGUGACCAGGCUCUGGUUAGAUGUGAAUACAGCAUGGCUAAUUUUAGCACUGGUGAUCGCAUGAGGAAACCGAAGGGUGACAGGAGAUCAACUGAAAUUUCUUUGGUUAUUCGACAAACCAUGGAAGAAUGCAUAUUAACACAUUUAAUGCCCCGUUCCCAGAUAGAUAUUUAUGUCCAAGUUCUUCAAGCUGAUGGAGGAACUAGGUCUGCUUGUAUAAAUGCUGCAACUUUGGCCCUAGCUGAUGCUGGGAUCCCCAUGCGCGAUCUUGUAACUUCCUGUGCUGCUGGAUACCUCAAUAGCACCCCUCUACUCGAUUUAAACUAUGUAGAAGACAGUGCUGGGGGUCCUGAUGUAACUGUAGGAAUUCUGCCAAAGUUGGAUAAAGUGACGCUUCUUCAGAUGGAUUCUAAACUACCAAUUGACAUUUUGGAAAAUGUUAUGCAAUUGGCUUCGGAAGGCUGCAAAGCAAUUGCAAACUACAUGCGAGAAAUUUUGCUGGAGAACACAAAGGAACUUGAGUAUCGACGGGGUUCAUAG